CUAAAUAAAUAGCACCUCUGUCAGUCUGUGGUUGUGGUGACACACCCCUUUUACUAUGUUAUAGCCUGCGGUCUUCCAAGUUUUGAAUUUCAAACGCCUAAAAGCUAUGUCCAAGAAGAAUUCUAGUAUAUAUCAAGUUGACACCAUUGUUGGUCAUCAAAACACAGAAGGCCAAGACUAUUACAAAGUCCACUGGUUGGGAUACUCUGAGAAGGAAGAUACUUGGGAGCCAAGUGAAAACUUGAGUAGCUGUCUUGACCUGAUCAAGCAAUUCAUGAACAAGAAAGUGCCUAAAGUGCCUGAAGAGAGACGCAAGUCCCUGAGGGACCACUACACCUUCUCAAGUGAUGAUGAAGUGGACACCACCAAAACUAAGAAAAAGAGCGUGAUCAAGAAGACGCCAGUCAAAAGAACCAUCAGGGCCUCAGUCACACCCAGCAAGAAAACCACCAAAGAUGAUUCGAUCAGAAAAAGUUACUACUUGCGGCGCUCGGGAACGAACGAAUUCUCCAGUGAAGAUGAGUCUGAAUUGGGUCUCCAAACUAGCAGAAACAUCCAUAAAACUCGAAUGAGUCUCUCUGAGUCUAGAUUCAAGAAACAACUUGCUAACAUCAGGAAAGAUAUCUACACAUCUUCCCCACGCAAAACUAGCACACCACAGGCAUCACCAUCCAAGUCUCCUGAAGCCACCGAUUCGCCAUCGAAGGUCCGAGCCACUAAGAAGCUGUUGUUUGAUACCAAACAGAGUAUGAGAGCCAAUGCUGCGGGCAUACCUCCCAUGAUGACCAGACGUCGACAGCGAAACGUGGAAGAAGAUAUCACAGUUUCCGAAGAACCACCAACUAUUUCCCAAGCAGAAGACUCUGAAAGUGAAGAAAUUCAGCUGGUUAAGAAAUUGCCAAAAAAGGUGACAAUCAGUAAACGUGCUGUGAAAGAGCGCCCUCAAAAGAUAACGGAAGAGGAACAGUACUUCCCAGUCACAUGGAGGGAGUUUGUCCUGGCUGGAUUUGUUACUGGUGUUGCUGGGCUGGGAUACUUAUGCUACAACUCUGACUAUUGCAGUUUCUGUUAGAUGAACGAUGUUGUCCUCUCUCUAUACAAGCAACAGAGUAGCAUAGUAAGUAUGACAUUGUUGAGUUCUAUUUUUAGUUAGCCCACAUUUAUUUUUUGAUGCCUAUAACCCAGUCAUGUAUUUUCUCUAUUAUAUCAGUAGUACUUCAUGCACUCCUGAUUAUAACAAUUAAAUUAA